AGUGCCCUCGAUAACAAAAAUCACUUCCGGUUCAGUUUUCCCCAUUAUUGCUACACGUGAAAUGGUAUAGACGAUGACACUAUCUCGUAGUGUUUGUGUAACAGAAGAGAGUGUCAUAUCAGUGCCUACUAAAAGUAUAGAUUUAGCUUGUGUUGUAGCAGAAGGCGAAACCAGUGUGUCAAAAUGACGGGCGGGAGCAAGCUAGCAACAACAACAACAACAACAGCUGAUUCCUUUUGGUUCAAAUACGUCCUGUCAUCACUGGCUGCAGUCUGUGCAGAGACAGCAACGUACCCAUUAGAUCUGACCAAAACCCGCCUACAGAUCCAAGGGGAAAUAUCAGGGGAUGGAGCCAUUGGGGCACGUAGAGGAAUGGUCAGGACAGCAGUAGGAAUAGUGCAGGAAGAAGGGGUAGCAUGUCUUUAUCAGGGUCUACAGCCAGCAUUAAUACGUCACAUAGUGUACACCGGUAGUCGGAUGUCUAUAUAUGAACUUUUUCGAGAACACAUUCUACAAAGAGAGGCAGAUGGAAGCUUCCCAGUCUGGAAAGCCUCAGUUGGGGGUUUAUGUGCUGGAGCGCUGGGACAACUCAUAGCGAGUCCAACCGACCUAAUUAAAGUUCAACUGCAGAUGGAGGGCAGGCGAAAGUUGGAGGGGAAGCCUCCGAGAGUGAAGGGUGCAUUAGAUGCAUUCAACAAAAUCGUGGCAGAAAGUGGAGUUAAGGGACUUUACAGAGGAGUGAUUCCAAAUGUGCAGAGGGCAGCACUAGUCAACAUGGGAGACUUGUGCACUUAUGAUACCGCCAAGCAAAACCUCUUGCGGCACACUGAUCUACAAGACAACUACGUUACACAUUCAUUAGCAAGUGGUUGUUCAGGUCUUGUUGCUGCAACCUUUGGGACACCAGCCGAUGUUGUCAAAACCAGAAUAAUGAACCAGCCAACCAAAAAUGGAAAGGGUUUACUGUACAGCGGAUCAAUGGACUGCCUUAUAAAAACAGCUACAAAGGAAGGAGUGAUGGCACUCUACAAAGGAUUCAUACCUAUCUGGUUAAGAAUGGCCCCCUGGUCUCUUACUUUCUGGUUGUCCUAUGAGAAGAUCCGACAGCUUGCCGGAACUAACUCAUUUUAACGAGACUGUGAUUUAUAGCACACACUGAAUAAUCCUGCCUGUUGCAUAUCAGAUGUCAUCUUUGUUUUUUACAAAAACAAUUACAUAUUUGUAUAUAUAUUUUGCAUAGAAAUAUACCAAUGCAUUAUAAUUUUCUCAGAGUAUAUGUAUAGACAAUCUUCGAUAAUAAUCUAUGAUGAAAUUGUACAUAAUUUAUAGUUAUUAUAUUUAUAUAUCCUAGGAAAAGGUCAUUUUAUCAUUUUAUACAUGUAUUAUUCAUCAUCUAUUGAUGUACACAAGCUAUCAUUUCUCAGAUCUGAACAGCAAUGCAGGUUUAAUGUACAUGUAUAUAAUUUACUAGUCCAAUUACAUGCAUUAAAUACAGAUCACCAUUUGUUUAAUGAUAUCAUAUAUGAUUAGUUUUUACCACACUAAAAUAGAGGCAGGGAUUGUUGUGAGCACACCACAAUUAGACACUGCGUAGACAAUUUGGUUACUUGGUAAUACAGUACAUGUAUUAUCAUAAUUUUUUUUCUAAUCCACAUCAGUCAAUUCGCUGGAUAUAAAUCAGUGAUUUUUCAUUUUUCAUGUACAUUGUAAAACAUUAAGGGUAUAAUUUAGUUGUCACUUUUCACCCAUGGUUUACUAAGCUUUUCAUACAUAUGAAGGUUUUAAUGGAUCGCUUUCAACAGGCCUGAUAUGUUGAAUUUUUUUUGUCAUGCCAUGAAAAUGGGGUAAAAAUAGGUUUAUUCAAAUCAUACACCAUUGAAUGUGCAUUUGUUUGGUGAGAGCAUUUCUUAAGUAUAGUCAAUAUAAAAUUAGCAUUAGUUAUUUAUGAUAUUAAUGAUGAUAUUCACACCACUAUGUGUGUAUCAGAAAUCGGUCACCUCAUUUUAAUACAUGUAUGUGAAUUACUGACAUGCGUUGAGCAUCGUGAAUUUUAAUUAUUGUGAUUAAAUCACCUUGUACACCAGAAAUGCCUGCAACAUGUGUAUGUGUGUUGUGCAGAUUAAUUUCACACAGGGCAGAGUGUGAUGUUUGCCAAAAUUUAUAAACAU